UGUAACAAAAUUAGUAUGAGCAAAAUGACUUCAAAAAGGCAUAAGGACCAAAGUGAAUCAAAAUUGUGUUAUUUUCUCCAGAGCAAAUCAGGAACCUAUUCCCAAACAUUGUAUAAGAAUGAAUCUGAAGAUAAAAGUAAUCACAAUUUUGCCAUGGCUUUGGCAACUUUGCCAAGGGGACAUAAACAGCUUUCUAUGUCCCGAUCAAACUCUUUGAUUGAUUCAACAGGGAUGGGACCACGAAGGAGGCUUUUGCUUAUUGUUAAACAAGACAAUGAACCUUUUGGAUUUGAAAUUCAGACGUAUAAACUUCAACAUCAUAAUUUGUUUGCCCUGGAAAUGUGCACUUAUGUUUGUAAGGUGCAUGAAAAUAGCCCAUCCAGUCAUGCAGGACUGAAAAUUGGUGACAUGCUAACUAAUAUAAAUGGGAUAAAUACAGACGGCUAUAGCCAUCAGAAGACAGUUGAACUGAUCAGGUCUUCAGGAAAUUAUCUCCGACUUGAAACCAUAAAUGGAAUAAAAAUUAGAAGAUCAGAACUUGAAGCCAAGCUGCUUUUUCUCAAGCAAGAUUUUCAGGAGAAAUGGGACGAACUACAAAAAAUAUUAAGGAAAGAGGAACAGAUUGUUAAUGGAACUAUAAAUGAACACAAAAUUCAGGAAUACCUUGACGUACUUCAAUCUAAACUGUUUGAGGGUCCAGCAGUGUCGUCUUCCUUCUUGAAUAAGCACCGAUUCUCAAGUGGAAGUAGUUGCAAAAGUAGAUUUAGUUCAGUGACUGACAGUGAAGAUGGUUUCUGCCAUAUGUCUGUGUUUGAUGAAGACUCGGGCAGUGAGGCAUUUAGUCGCCAAUCCAGUAUGGAGGAUGACUGUUUUCUUAUCAAAACCAAUGAAUUUUCCUCAAAAAAAUCUUCACAAGCUAGAUCCAGAAGAAUAAGUGUAACUAGUAAUGGAAGCGAUCAAAUGUCACCCAGCUGGGACACAUUAAGCCUUACAAAUAUUUUUGGGACAUUACCAAGGAAAAGUAGAAGAGGAAGUAUUAGAAAAAAUUUCUUGAAAUUUAUCCCUGGUUUGCACAGAUCAGUUGAAGAAGAGGAAAGCCCAGUCUGACAUAGACUGCCAUAGACUCCUUCAUUGUCACAUUCUAUAAUGUAAGAUGUAAAUAAAAAUGGCUGUCAAUAUGGAAGCCUCAGAAUGCAAACACAGAGAAAAAGACUAAAAGAAACAAUCAGUACUUAAUUUGCUUAUAUUAAAUGUUGUGUAAAAUGCCAUAUGUAGACAGUUACUGAAAACUAUAUACAGGGAGUGCAGAAUUAUUAGGCAAGUUGUAUUUUUGAGGAUUAAUUUUAUUAUUGAACAACAACCAUGUUCUCAAUGAACCCAAAAAACUCAAUAAUAUCAAAGCUGAAUAGUUUUGGAAGUAGUUUUUAGUUUGUUUUUAGUUAUAGCUAUUUUAGGGGGAUAUCUGUGUGUGCUGGUGACUAUUACUGUGCAUAAUUAUUAGGCAACUUAACAAAAA